CACUACUAUAUAACAAAUAAUUUGAGCAAUUCAACAUGUCUAGUCUACCCUCCCUCGCUUUGGACCAACCAUUAUCAGAUUUUUCAGCUGCUGUUAGUGGACGAAAGAAAAUAACAGACGCCUUUAUAAACCAAGCGUAUAAGGAGCUUGUCGAGAAUCCAAUGGAAGCUUACAAUAUGGAUGUUCAGUCACCUUCAGUUCCUAUAUCCUUCUUGUACGACCUUUCUAACGAACCUUCUUCUAGAAACGGGCAGAGUAACAUUGGAUUACUCAGGACAGCCUCCAGUAGCGACAUUGCCUCUUUUAAUUUUGACGAGUCUUUUCAGUUCACGAUGCCAGCCAUGCCAACAGAAAGAUCCCUAUCCGCUCCAUGUAUCUCAGCAAACACGGAUGACCAGUUGGAAGUUACCAGUGACGGGGGCGGAGACGGCGGAACGCUUACUCUCAAGGAUCUCGACAAACAGUUGCUGGCUCACGUCGCUGCCAACACCUCAUCCCCCAAUCAGAACAUGUCUAUCUUCAACAACCAAUACAAAUACGAGUUCAUUCUCGAUGCGCCAAUUUCGAUCGUUCAGAAAAAGGGUGAUGAUACUUUGACAUACCUCAACAAAGGGCAAUACUACAAGAUAAAUUUCCUCUCCAACCCAAACACUCGAGACAGACUCGACUUCAACCUGAAAGUCAAGUCGAUAGUUCAUUUGGUAUUCAGAAACCAAGACAGAAGGAAAGAACAUGAGUACUGGACUUACUGGUACGCGCAGCAACCUAACGCUAACAUCCGUGUAUUUGACGUUGACGAGCGUGCGUGUAAGAAUGUCGAGGAGAUAAAUGAGAUAGGAUGCAACGCUGUCUCUUUUUCCUGGAAUUCCAAUAUCGGAGCAACCAUCGUCCUCCGCAUUAACUGCCUCAGCACGGAAUUCAGUUCCCAGAAAGGAGUAAAGGGCACGCCCCUUUACAUACAAACGGACACAUUCGAGGACACUGAAUCACUUAACCCUGAACCUGCUGACCGAUGUUACUGCCAAAUAAAGGUGUUCAGAGAUAAAGGAGCUGAAAGAAAGAACAAGGAUGAAUCAAGAACUGCUGACAGAAAAUUACAGAAGCUCCUUAAAAACGGACAAAUUCCUCCAUCUGAUCAAGAUCCAAACAACAUUGUGACUACAGUGUUCCACAAGCCUUGCAAGCAGACUGUUCUGACUAAGACGACUGUGCUUAGCCCCAAACCUGUUAUCUUCACUGCACCCGUCAGAAACCUCAGCUUUUCUGUGAACGGUGUUGAGGACAUGCAGGCGCCAUUAGCGCCUAUCCCCGAACAGAAGUUCUACGGACCAAACUACCACGUCACCACUCCUACUUACCAGGUAUCCCAAUUACCUCAACUGCUCCAACAACAGCAGCCCACUAGUGACUUUGGCAACCAGUUGAUAUCGUCCAUGGUGAACAAUACGGGUGGAGGAGGAGUGCCGGGAUAUGUAGAUGUAGGAAGUGGGAGCACAUGCAGUGUAAGCAGCACUGUUACCACAGUCAGUGAUCACAGUCCUGACUCCACGUGGGGAUCUCCUAACAAGCAGAACAACGACUCUCUCUUCGCUUUCAUCAGGGACAGAGAAUCAAAGAGGAGUAUAUCGCAGGCACUCACCACAUCCGGUACUGAUCCACAGGACAAUGCCCAUCAUAUGAACAAUGCAGGACCUAGUGAUGAACUUAAUGAUCGUCCGAGUAAACAAGCAAGAAUACAAUCCUCCCGACCAGUUACGAUAUACGUUAAGAAGACGGAAGAGAGGGUUUACAGUGCACUUUGCUUAACAAAAUUUAGCUUAGAUGGACUGAAAGAGGAGGUUGCAUCGAAGUACGCAAUACCAAAGAACAUGCCCGUCAAAUUGUACAAACGCACAAGAAAAGGACUACUGAUCCACAUGGACUCUCGCAUGGUAGAACAAUUUCAAGACGAGGACGACUUCUUAGUGGAGGUGAACUUCCAGAACAAAGAAGGAAUAUUUGAGGUGACAUUCCUGUACUGAAGAGACAAAAGGGAAUUACAAGAAGAAAGAAUCAAGAGUUAAAGACUCCGACAGAAUAUACCUGAGGUCAAAACAUCUGCGAUAGUACUGAAGACUGAGAAGAAGCAUAAGAAAGAGCAGCUUUGUACUAGAACUAGGACUAGAAAACAACCUCAGUACUUUGAGUCAGAAGAGAAUCAGAUAGUUAGACCUAACCAGACUGAUCAGAAUAGACUGCAGCCAACAGCUGAUAACUGUUAGGUUUUGAAAUAGGUUUUAGUUGCAUGCGAAUAUCAUUGAUUACCAUUAUUGUUACUACUUUUUUUAGGACCAGAUAUGAUCGAUGGUAUCAAAACCGAUUUGAACAUCAUGACGAUUUGUGACCCAUUUGAGUUUGGACUCUAUCUCGUUUAUGCAUGAUAGUGGAGAUUUUAUCAAAAUGCCAGAUUUAUUUUUGUAAAAUAAUUGCGAACACCAUUAUGAAUGACAUGAGUUCAGCGUUUUAUCAUUUUUAUUUUUAUGUUUUAUAUGUUUACAGUCAGAAAUGUUAACAGUAUAAUAACUUAUUAUAUUGAACCCGAAA